UUGUACGCAGGUAGUCGUGAGGCAGCCUACGUUUACGCCAUCAGUUCUGCGGGCGUUACAUACGCUGUUACCCAGGCAUGCAGCCGAGGAAACAUUAGCUUGUGUGGGUGUGAUCGAACAAAGGAAGGAAUUAGCCGACGGGGAGAGUGGAAGUGGGGAGGAUGCAGUGCCGACGUCCGUUAUGGAAUGAAGCUAGCCCGGCAAUUUCUGGACGCUAGAGAGCUUGAAGGCGACGCUCGUUCGCUGAUGAACCUUCACAACAACAAAGCUGGAAGAAAGGCAGUCAAACGGAACUUGCUAACGGAAUGCAAGUGCCAUGGAGUUUCCGGAUCGUGCACGAUGAAGACGUGCUGGAAAACUCUGCCGUCGUUCGCCAAGAUCGGAGACUUUCUCAUGAACAGAUUUCAUAAAGCGAAAAGAGUCGUACCUUUCUGGGGGAAGCGUUCCCCUUCCAAGAAACCGUUAUAUCUACACCGGCGAUCGAAGCGCCGCCAACGGAAGCCGCGUUCUAAACAUUUGGUGUAUCUCGAGCGAUCACCAAAUUAUUGUGAGCUUGACCUAUCGCGCGGUUCACUCGGAACCGUGGGACGGCGCUGUAAUCGAUCAUCUACCGGCAUCGACGGGUGUGAUCUGUUGUGUUGCGGUCGGGGUUACAACACCCACCAGUACACACGGACCUGGCAGUGUAACUGUAAGUUUCAUUGGUGUUGCUUUGUUAACUGCCACACGUGCAAUGAAAGAACAGAAGUGUACACGUGCAAGUGAAAGCAACGUCCACAUUGGAGGAUCCGCUAAGCUUCCAGACAAUACCCUAGGUGUAAAGCAACGUCCACACUAGAGGAUCCGCUAGGCUCCAUCUGCUCAAAGAGCUCUUCCACUUCAGAUUUAUGGCGUAUAUACUUAUGUUGAAACUGUACAUAGUGAGAUGAUAUAGCUGCAUCCUUCUUCCAGGCAAUACCCUAGGUGUAAAGCAGCGCCAUCUAAUGUAGCAGUAUUAAACAUACGAGUGAGAAGAAAAACACGUGCUUUGUUAGAAUUCUCUACUGAGGCCAAAGAUAGUGUUUACAUAUAU